ACCGUUAUUGGAUACCGCAUUAUUAAAUAUUAUUAUUAUAAUAUUAUUAUUCACAAUGAUAUUACCUGCCGUUAUUGAAUUUAUAGUAUUCAGCUGGCGACUGCGGGUGAUGACGGUCAUCGUUUAUGUCAUACGUGUAUGGUCGCGUUCAUAUAAAAUAAUACAACAAUAACAAAUAAUUAUUAACGUAUUAUUUAUUAUUAAAAUAAUUAUGGCUCGUCAUACGCACAAUUCUGUGUAUGGUUAUUUUACGCACGGCGAAGUAUUGAAAAAAUCUAAGUGCAAAAGUUGUGUAUCAACAUUGACUGGUAAGCAUGGGAAAAAUCUGAAAAGACAUCUAAGUAAUCACAUAGAAUUAUAUCAAGAGAUGCAAUUAAAAAAUGUAGAGAAAAAGAAGUCAGCAGCUACCAAAAAAAUGUCUAUUUUAGAAGGUCACGAAAAAUUGUUUCAGUUGAAUCCUGAUAUUAAAGUUAAAAUAGGCAUGAAAACCAUAAUCAACGCUUAUGUAGAACUGGUAACCGUAAAUGGUCGCCCAUAUACCAUGUUAAAUGAUACAGGUUUAAGAAAAAUUAUUGAUCCUGUUUUGAAGGGAAUAAAUAAAAAAAAGUGUAUAAACUCAAACUCUAUUAAAAAAUAUGUCUGUGAAGAAUCAAUUUCCAUAAAAAGAAAACAUAAGUGUCGAAGUUCAAACAAAAGUCAAACUUGUUUCUUUGAAACUUGAUGCUGUUAAACGGCUUAACAGAUCAUUUUUGGGGAUUAACUUGCAAUAUAUUGUUGAUGAUUAUAUUAAGCUUAAGACUCUUGCGUUAAUCGAACUAUCUGAAUCGCA